AUGGAUGUAUUCUACUCGCUUAUAGGAACCAAUACUACACUCAAUAGAUUGGCACGCGACAUUACUUUCACACAAUCUGUUGUUUUAGUAAGAAUAUCAUCAAAUGAAGAUAAUAAUUCAAGAAAUAAUUCAAUACUUGAUCGAUUUUGUUCUGAUAUAGUACCUCGAAUUCAACACAAUAUUGAAUGCCUUACUCUUGAUGCAUUUUCAACAGAUCGUGUUGUUCGUAUUGGAAAUUAUUCUAAACUCCAUAAAAUUACUCUUAGAAAUGUUUAA